AUGGAUGUCAACAAGGAGACAAUAAGGAGACUCUUCACCAAAUUUGGGGAGCUAACAGAUGUCUACAUUGCGACAAAAAAGGAUUCAAAAAUGAAGAACUUUGCCUUAGUAAGAUUCAAAAAGGUUAGUAGAGAAAGGGAGUUGGAAGCAGCGAUGCAGAUGAUAAAAUGCUCGAGGUCAUUACUUACAGUCAAUAUAGCGAAAUUUAGAAGAAAGGAGGUGGCCAAACAAGAAGUUGGGGUUAGAAGAAAGCCGCAUAUGUCCAAAGACCUACGGGACAGUCAUUCUGAGAUGGUAGGUCAUUCGUGGAGGUUGUUAUAG